AUGACGAUCGGGGGGAUCCCGCUUUUUUUUGCGCAGUUAGAUCGGAAAAACGUUAUUGUAGAAAUAUAUCCGAGGCAGAUAGGUGACGAGCAAAAAUUGCAGAUUUCUAAAGAAGCAUUGGGAUUAUUUUAUUGGGUUAUAUGGCUGCCAACUGGAUAUGUCAAAUGUAAAGCUCAAAGUGUAGUUUGUACCGAUCGUCUACUCUUUUUUGCAUUCCGGAAGUGGUUUAUUGGUGUUGUAUUGAAAGAUAUCAUUAUGAGUGGCCGAAGUGUCACCGAAAUAACACAAGUUCGAAGAGACUGUAAUGGACGAAUGCGAUCUAUACGGGAUUGGUUUGGAAGAAUCGUAGCAAAUUUCUGUACGUACAUAUUUUUUGCAAUAUCAUGCAUUAGUUUAUCAAGAAUUAUGGAAAUCGCAUCUAAGUGGCUUUGUUUUGUUGCUUUUUCCUCCACUGUAUACCGCGAUAUUCAAAACUAA